CCUCACUCCCAUGGCAGACACCAGGAGCGACGAGAGAGUAGUCUUUUGCAUGCCAUCGAUCUCUUGGAUGGAUCUGCUAGCGUUUUGCAUUUGUUUAAUGCCGGUCUAGGUUGGUUUUGCACAAAGCUAGCAACUCUCGCCCACGCAACAUUUAUGAGUAGGACUCGCAAAUUCAAAAGAAUGAAAUAAAAAUGGAGGAGUAGGAGGACUGCUAGUAGUAUUUUGUUUUCAUUUUUUUUGUCCUCUAUUGCUCCCCUCCAUUUCUUCUUAUUUGAAACCCGCUCCUCCCCCUCUUCCAGUCUUCCCCUCUCUCGUCGACCGUUUGUUUCCCUCUCUUAUUCAAACUUGCGCAUCUCUAACGCCUCCUUGGCUUCCCUCUCCAGACCCUCACGCCUCAGUCUGUAGACUGUAGAGAGCAUACCGCGAGUUGAUCUCGUUCCUGUUGGGUCUCUCUGUAAGGCCGGCCGGAGCUACGUGUUCCGGCGAUGGGCAAGGCGGCGCGGUGGCUGCGCAACCUGCUAGGCGGCGGAGGGAAGAAGGAGCAGGGGAGAGAGCGAGAACAGAGGCGUCCCGCGACUACUAAUAACGCCGCUGCUCCGAGCGGGGACAGGAAGCGGUGGAGCUUCUGCAAGUCGUCGUCGAGGGACACGUCGGAGCCCGAGGUGACGGCGGCGGCGCAAGUGGGGGCCAACAAUGGCGUCGCGGCGAUCGCGCGGGCGGCGGAGGCGGCGUGGCUCAGGUCCCUGUACAAGGAGACCGAGCGGGAGCAGAGCAAGCACGCCAUCGCCGUGGCCGCGGCCACCGCGGUGGCGGCCGACGCCGCCGUCGCAGCUGCCCAGGCCGCCGUCGAGGUCGUGCGGCUCACCAGCCAAGGGCCCUUGGUGGCCGCGACCUCGCCGCGGGCAUUCGCCGGCGCCGGAGGAGACGGCCGCGCCGCCGCCGCGGUCAGGAUCCAGACCGCGUUCCGUGGCUACUUGGCGAAGAAGGCGCUGCGGGCGCUCAAGGCGCUGGUGAAGCUGCAGGCGCUGGUGCGGGGUUACCUGGUGCGGAAGCAGGCGGCGGCCACUCUACAGAGCAUGCAGGCGCUCGUCCGCGCGCAGGCCGCCAUCCGCGCCGCGGCCCGCAACCGCGCCGCCGACCUCCGCCUCCACCUCCACCCGCUCACCGUCCGGCCGCCGCGCUACUCCCUGCAAGAGGACACGCGGAGCGAGCACGGCAGCGGUGUGGCGCCCUACUACUACAGCCGCCGCCUUUCCGCGAGCGUCGAGUCCUCGUCCUACGGGUACGACCGCAGCCCCAAGAUCGUGGAGAUGGACACUGCCCGCCCCAAGUCGCGCUCUUCCUCGCUCCCGGUGGCCGAACCCGGCGGCGGGGACGACUACGGCUACUACUCUGUGUCAUCCCCGCUCAUGCCGUGCGGCCAUGGCCUCCCCUGCGCGCCGCCCAGGAUCGCCGCGCCGAGCCGCGGCUUCUUCCUCCCGGAGUACUACGAGCGGGAGAAGCCAAGGCCGGCCACGGCGCAGAGCACGCCCCGGUACGCGUCGAGCUUGUACUACACGCCGGUGACCCCGGCCAAGAGCGUUUGCGGCGUUGGGGGAUACAGCAACAACAGCCCGUCGACGCUGCUCAGCGGGCCAAGAAGCUACAUGUCGAGCACGCAGUCGUCGGAUGCCAAGACGCGGUCGCAGAGCGCGCCGAAGCAGCGGCCGGAGGAGGGCGGUGCCGUCCCGCCGAGGAAGAGGGUGCCGCUGCGCGAGGUGGUCUUGGAGGCGAGGGCGAGCCUGAGCGGCGCGACGCAGAGGUACUAUGCCUCCUCGUGCAACAACAGCAACAACCGGCCGCCGCGGGAGGAAGCAGGGGAGAAGUUCAGCUUCAAGAAGGCCGUCGUGAGCCGUUUCGACCGCUCGUCGGAGCCGGCCGUGGCCGCCGACAGGGACCGGGACAUGUUCUUGCAGAAAGGCUGGUGAUUGGUGAAGAACCACUGCCAUCUCGAUUAUCAGCUCGCUCGAUAGACAGACAGUAACCAUUAGUCGCCAUUGCAACUUUCGCAAGGCGGUGUAGUGGCAACGUGCGUCGCCAUAAAGUACAAAUGCGUACCUCUAGUAAUACUAGUAGCCUAAUAGGGACAUGUUUCUUCUUACUCAUGCUUAGUGUUUGAUGUGAUCGAUCGCCUUAACCUCGCUAUCAAGCUUCCUGCUUUCUCAGUUCAGGAAAUGAAAUUCUCUCGUAUGGUUUGCUA